AUGAAGAGUCUAUCAUUGAAAGGAUUAAAAAAGGGAAACAACAAUACUGCAGAUAUUUUCGAAUAUGAUUUGAAUAGCUCGAGAGGAUCUAGGACUUUAGCAAUUGUUAAUUUGAAUGCAUCAUUCGAAACUGCUGGAAUAUCACCGAGAAUAUUUACAGGUCAGUUACCAGAGGAAGGUCAAUUCUUCACUCAAUUAACUCCUCGAAGAACUUCACCUGUUUAUUCUCAUAAUUCUUCAUACAUUGUUACGAAUAAUAAUACUACAACUAUUAGCUCUGUGAAUAAUAGUUUUGUCUUUGAACCAGUACCGAGUCCAAUUGAAUUCAACAACAAUUCAGGAACCUUUCACAGCAAUACGAAACGAUGUGUCUCCAUUCCUACCACUCCCAUUGUUCCUCUCACUUCACCCACCAGUGAAGAUGGCGACUCAUCGUUUAGUGAUGAAUUUCUAAUGGCCUCAACCACUCCAAGUAGAGCACAGAGUGCAACAUCAUCUAUUGGUGGAAGAAGAUUCACACCAAAGAAGAGUGCUAGAAAGCCACUCGACAUCAAACCAAAAGAACAUGUUCAAUUAUUUUCAACAUCUUCAUCCCAGGAUGUGGAUCCUAAAAAGAGGAGAAACAGUGUGAGUGGAAGUGUUGUUCUUCAGAAGAAGAAUAACAACAUGUCCACUCAAUCCAUCGAUUAUUUGAAACAUCAACCUCCUCCAGAGUCUCCUCGAAUCAAUAGUGCUCGAGGUAUUUCAAGGAGAGUGCAAUCUGCAGAUCCAAAGAACAGCAGAAGGCCAAGCACUCCAACUGUUUCAUUCAAACAAAUUCGACCACCUUCAUCAUCUUCAACUACAUCAACAGCCAUAGCCACACCAUCAUCUUCUACAGGAUCGACUGGAUGGAAGCCAAACACUUCAACAACUUCAUUGCCAACACCACGAAUGGCUCCAGGAAGAUUACCAAGAAAGAAAUCCUUUGCUCUCAACCCGUCACUUAAAUCUCAACUUGAAGCCAUCAAAUCUGUACCUCUCUUCCUACCAGACGAUAUUGACCCUUCACAUAAGAGUGUUAAAGACAAUGUUAGUCCCCUCUUCCUAAAUCAAGUGAUUGAAUCCUUGUUUGUUAAGGAGGACAAAUUAGUUGAAAAGGCAAGAUUGUACAAUGAAUUUAAGGAGGGUGAAGAAAGAAUCGAUCGACACACUGGAUCAACACCUAGAGGAUCCACUUCAUCCACAUUUAAUAAGAAUUCAUUUUAUCCCAAUGCUUAUAAGGCAGCUUCCUUAGCUAGUGUAAGAGUGGAGAAGGAAAAUCUAAUGAUGGAAAAUCCCUUUUUAUUGCGAAAGUCACAAGCUGGGAUUCAUGCAGACCAUUUUGGUGUGCAAGCACCAAUUUCAUCGAGGAGCUUGUCAUCAUCGAGAGCCUCAACUAGGAGAUAGCUUAAUUAAGAUUGCAAAUUACAGUUUAAAAAUUUACAGUGUAUUGUGUCUCACAGGAUGAUUAAGGUUGAAUGGUUCAUUUUACUAUGUCUGUGAGGAUUUAAUUUGGAGCGUUUUAUUUUUGUAAAAUGUGAAUCCAUUUCAGACGAUAUUACUGCCAAUUAUCGGUUGUGAUACAGUACCUGAAUCAAUACUGGCUUGGUUGUAUUGAAUAGAUUUUUAUUACAAUGGAGUUCAUUAAGAAUUGUGUCAGAAGAGGUAAAACCAUGUCCAUUAAAUAAACGAUAGAGAUACGAGUUCAUUCACC